CAAAACAUCUUCUUCCCCUUACAAAAGAUUUUGACCUCCUAUGCAUCAUCCAUCAUCUAUAUAGUGAAACACAUCCUUAUAUAUAAUUAAAACCAAAACAAAAUCAAAAAUCAAAAAGGCAUUAAAAGCAUGACGUUUUCGUGUCGUCGAGUAUCAAUCCGUAUCUAAAUAAACCCUCCAUUCAAGGUUUCGUUUUGAACGAUUUUGAAAAGAACAAGAAAAAAUGCCUUUCCGUUCAAAAGUCCAACCUAUCAACGUCAACGGUGUAGCCAAGGAGCCAGAGCCGGCGCCUGCGAUGAGACAAGGGCCAAGAUCUCGACUGAAGCGACUCUUUGAACGUCAGUUCAGUCUGAAGAGCUUCUCAGGUGUGGAUUCACCGCUUGCGAGAGGCAACUCGGAAGAAUUCGAACCGGGCUCUGUCUGUUUGAGGAAGAUGGUUGAGAACUACAUGGAGGAUCCAGACAGUGAGAAACAAUCACGUUGUAUUGGUCGUAACCACUGCAACUGCUUCAGUGGAAGUGGCACCGAUAGCUCCGACGAAGACGAAGAGUCUUCUUCUUCCAACGGAGUUCUUCGAAGCCUCAAGAGUCUGUUACUUUGUGCUAAUGUCACCGAGAGUGAUCUGGAGACUAAAGCAACAGAGCUUGUUGAGAAAGAAGAUAAGUGUAAGGACUCGAGGUUGAGAGAUGUUGCUGAUGAAUUGGUGGCUUUAGGCUAUGAUGCAGUAGUUUGCAAAUCUCGCUGGGAGAAAUCGAAAUCGAGAUGGUGUCCUGUUCCUGCUGGGGAGUAUGAGUAUUUGGAUGUUAUGAUUGGAGAUCAAAGAGUUUUGAUCGACAUUGACUUCCAGUCCAAGUUUGAGAUAGCUCGACCGAGUAAGACUUACAAUUCGAUAUCCAAGACACUGCCUUACGUCUAUGUUGGACAAGUGGAUAGGUUGAAGAAGCUUGUGGUAUUUGUGUCUGAUGCUGCAAAGAAGAGCUUGAAGAAGAAAGGGCUGUCAAUGCCACCAUGGAGGAGAGCUGAGUUCGUGUUAACCAAAUGGGUGUCUCGUUAUGAUCGUGCUAAGCAAACUCAAGGAGAAACCAGUGGAGAUGCUGCUGCUGCUGUCCAACCAUAAAGUGGCUUCUUAAUUAAUUUAUGAAUAAUAAUAAAAAGACUUUUUAUUUUCUUUGUAAUAAUAAAGGUAUGAUUUUUAAGGAUCAUACCCUCUUUCUUAUUUUUGAAGAUUUCUUAUGAUCCUUGUCGAAGAAACCAGUCCUUUUUUUUUUUUAUGAAUUUGAUUUAUAAUCA